AUGUCCGCACUGCUACGCCUUGCCGUUGCAUCAAGAGUCCGUCGCCCUCUCUCUGAAUAUGGCGUUCCACUUGCAUUUAGUGCCUCGUCCUACUUGAAUGAUACAAUUUUUGGGUUUUCAUAUAUUCCAUAUUCGCUCCAAUGGCGUGCGAUCUCGCAAAGUAACGUCCUCAUGAAGCGUAAAGGUGGUGCCUCGGCCUUUGUAAAUAAAACAUCUAGCUGGAAUUUUAGCAAAGGAAAUAAGAGCCAUACUGCACAAAGUACGAAGCAAAAGCUUAAGAAAGGGUCAGCACCACAUCGGUCUCAUGUGGAGCGAAUGUAUGACUUGAAAAAAGCAAAGCAAUUAAAUGACCGUAAUGCUAAGGAAUGGACAGCAUUGACGCAAAAUGACGAACUUAAUCACGAGUUGGAUCGUGUAUUUGAGUAUUUAAACAAGUCUGGACCUCAUGGCGAUUAUAUUUAUGAGUCAGAGCCAAGUCUAAAAGACGUGAAUCAUAUUGACGCUCUUGAAAAGCUAAAUGCUCUUGCUCGUGCGGACCCAGAGAUUCUUAAGACCAUUGAUAAGACAUACAAAGAUGGAACGGACGACAAUGCGACGGACGACAAUAUUUCACAUAAUGGGAUACGACAUGACCAAACGGAACUUACAAUUAUUGAUUAUAACUUUCUAUUACGAGUAUAUGCAGUCAAGGGUCUUUGUAAGGAAGCGAAUGCACUAUUAUCGAGAAUGGAAAAGAAUUUAAGGCCUAUUGCGACCGAAAAAGCUGUGACAUUGGUGAAAGUAACGGAUAGUACGGAAAUGGCACUAAUGGAUGCGCUCGAGAGUGUGCCACAUGUUAUACCACCCAAUGCUAAAUCAUACAUGUUGUAUGCUACGGCUUUGGGUACGGACGGACAGGCGGCACAUGCUGUAAGAGUUAUUGGACGUAUGAAAGAGCGUGGUGUGUUGCCUAAUGUAUCGGUGUAUAAUGCUGUCAUGUGUGCGUGCUCAAAGGCAAAAAGAAUAUCAUGGGCGUAUAAUGUCAUGGAAAAGAUGCAAGUUGCUGGUUUAGUGCCUGAUCGUGCGUCGUUUACUAUUUUGAUGAACGCUGCAAUUGCAGAAGGAGAUAUCGAUAAAGCAUUUGAGACUUUCCAUUUGAUGCGUACCCACGUGGCUGAACCGGAUGAAGUGGCGUUUAGCUGUAUAAUUAAUGGCUUUGCUCGUAUAGGUCGUGUGGAACGCGCUCUAAACUUGUUGGAAGAUUUGCUAGAGUGUGGUUUGACGCCUUCACUUGUGACGUUUAACACACUUAUGAAGGCGUGUGCUAAAUCGCACUACUACGCACAUAAAGCAAUUGACUUUUACUACGAAAUGCAGGAGCUCUAUGACUACACACCGGAUCUGUACUCGUAUUCGACUGUGCUGCAUGCGUGCGCUAAGCAUGGCGAUUUCAUCCAGGCUGAGCAAAUCAUUCGUCACAUGGAGCGUCAUCGCGUUCCCAUGACAGAGCUCGUGUACAAUACGCUGUUUAAUGUCUACGCUCGCGCCCAAAUCAGAAGCAUUGUAGAUAAGGCCCCCCGUAACGCGAAAGCUUUACCAAAGCCUGAGCCGACAUAUCAUGAACCUCUCGAGUGGGAUGAUGAAGGCAAAGAAGUGGAUUUGACACGCCCAGGCAAGGAGACGUUUACGCUUCAGAAUGCAAACUAUGAUGGACGUAUUGAUGAUGAUGAAGAUGAAGAAGGAGAAGCAGAGAGCUACAAGUUAAGUCCUGAGGCGUUGGCUCAAGUGGAAGAACUGCGCCAGAGAGACAAGACUGAUUAUUGUAAAGAACAGAAGAAUACGCAAGUGACGGAAUUGAUCAAAACUGAACGGAGCAUGGAAGUCUACGGCAAAGAUGACGACUUACUUUUUGCUGACAGCGAGGAAUUACUCGAUUUUGAAAUGACGCCAAUGAAUCUUGAAAACUUCGGCAAGUUUCAGACGCUCAAUAUUAAGCGCGCAGAGGUUCGCUUCCACGAGAUGACCUUUGAGAACGGUCUCAAGCCGACAUUAAUAACGCUAAACUCAAUGCUUGGCGUAUACUCAAAUGCGUUGCGUCUGCGCUCGGCAGAGAUGUUUGUUGACGAAACAUUCUCAAAGUUUAAUCAGAAGCCCAACAAAUUCACAUACCGUAGCAUGAUGCAAAUGUACGUUCGUGCCAAGCGGACGACACGGGCCGAGGAGUUGCUGGAACGUAUUCGAUUUGAGAUAGAAAAUGGAGACCUCGAGGCCGAUGCGGCAACCUUCGGCAUCUUGGUGGACCAUUACGCGAGGAAGCGUCUUAUUCGACGUGCUUUGACGACUCUCGAGGAUGCUGAUGCUCUAGGAUUGCAGAUGGAGGAGAAGCAUUUGAAAAAGAUUCGCGCUCUGACGGAGAAGUAUGGUAUUUUUUCUGACCUCAUUCCAGAGGACCCGAACGCCGUGCUGCUUGCUGGUACGCGCCACAAACUGAUGAAGAAGCGCAAGGUGCGCGCACAAGUUUUGGAGUACAACCGCAAAAUUGGAAGACGCUAUCUGCUUCCGGACAUUGUCUAG